AUGGUUCAGGCCACUUACACGCGAAGAUACAACAACAUCAAAGGAGAUACAACAACAUCAGUACAGGUACAACACCGAUACAGAUACAACAACAUCAAAGGAGAUACAACAUCAGUACACAAACAGAUACAGACACAACAGAUUCAAUGCAGGUACAACAAUGCAGAAUACAACACAUCAAAGGAGAAUACAACAGCCAUCAGUACAGAUAACAACGAUACAGACACAACAGCAUCAAUGCAGAGCAGUCGAUCACUCACACUCACACCUGUCCUCAUCAACCCACCUGCCCUCAUCACCUGCCUCACCACCUGCCCACCACCUGUCCUCACCACCUGCCCUCACCACCUGUCCUCAUCAACCCACCUGCCCUCACCACCUGUCCUCACCACCUGCCCUCACCACCUGUCCUCAUCAACCCACCUGCCCUCACCACCUGUCCUCAUCAACCCACCUGCCCUCACCACCACCUGCGCUCACCACCUGUCCUCACCACCUGCCCUCAUCAACCUGCCCUCACCCUGCCCUCACCACCUGCCUCACCACCUGCCCUCACUGCCCUCAACCCACCUGCCCUCGACGCCCCUCACCACCUGCCCUCACCACCUGCCCUCACCACCUGCCCUCACCACCUGCCCUCAUCACCCACCUGCCCUCACACCUGCCCACACACCUGCCCUCACCAACCCACCUGCCCUCAGUCAAACCCACCUGCCCUCACCACCUGCCACCACUGUCCUCACCACCUGUCCUCAUCAACCCACCUGCCCUCACCACCUGCCCUCACCACCUGCCCUCCACACCUGCCCCUCACCACCUGCCCUCACCACCUGUCCUCACCACCUGUCCUCAUCAACCCACCUGCCCUCACACCUGCCCUCACCACCUGCCCUCACCACCCCUCACCACCUGCCCUCACCACCUGCCCUCACCUUGCCCUCACCACCUGCCCUCACGCACCUGCCCUCAACCACCGUGCCCUCACCACGCUGCCCUCACCACCUGCCCUCACCACCUGCCCUCACCACCUCAUCACCCACUGCCCUCACCACCUGCCUCACCACCUGCCUGUCCCUCCCCACCUGCCCUCACCACCUGCCUCAUCUCAACCACCUGCCUCACCACCUGUUCCUGCAUGCAUCAACCACCUGCCUUCUCACCCACCCUGCCCUCACCACCUGCCCCUCACCACCUGUCCUCACCACCUGCCCUCAUCAACCCACCUGCCCUCACCACCUGUCCUCAUCACCCACCUGGCCCCUCACCACCUUUCACCACCUGUCCUUCAUCCCCACCUGCCUCACCACCUGCCCUCACCACCCUCACCACCUGCCCCUCACCACCUGUCCUCACCAACCACCUGCGCCUCACACCUGUCCCCUUCAAACCCACCUGCCCUCACCACCUGUCCUCACAACCCACCUGCCCUCAACCACCUGCCCUCACCACCUGCCCUCACCACCUGUCACCCACCAACCCAACCGCCUGCCUGUCACCACCUGUCCCAACCCACCUGUCCUCAUCAACCACCUGCCCUCACCACCUCACCACCACCUCCUCACCACUGUCUCACCACUGCCCUCACCAACCUUGCCCUUCACCACCUGCCCCUCACCAACCGCCCUCACCACCUGCCCUCACCACCUGCAACCCACCUGCCCUCAUCACCCACCUGCCCUCACACCUGCCCUCACCACCUGCCCCUGUCAUCAACACCUGCCCUCACCACUCAUGUCCUCAUCACCCCACUGCCCACCACCUGCCCUCACCACCUGCUCUCAUCAACCCACCUGCCCUCACCACCUGCCCCUCACCACCCCUGCCCUCACCACCUGUCAUCAAACCCCUGCCUCACCACCUGACCUCAACCUACCUGCCCUCACCACCUGCCCUUGCCCUCACCACCUGCCCUCAUCACCACCUGCCCUCACCACCUGGCCUGCACCACCUCUCUCACCACCUGCCCUACCACCUGCCUCACCACCUGCCCUCACCACCUGCCCUCACACCUGUUCCCCCUCAUCAACCUACCUGCCCUCACCACCUGUCCUCAUCAACCCACCUGCCCUCAUCAACCCACCUGCCCUCACACCUGCCCUCAACCACCUCCGUCCUCAUCAACCCUCACCUGCCCUCACCACCUGCCCUCAUCAACCCACCUGCCCUCACCACCUGUCCUCAUCAACCCACCUGCCUGCCCUCACACCUGCCCUCAACCACCUGCCCUCACCACCUGUCCUCAUCAACCCACCUGCCCUCAUCAACCACCUGCCCUCACACCUGCCCUCAACCACCUGCCCUCACCACCUGUCACCACCUGUCACCACCUGUCCUCACAACCACCUGCCCUCAUCAACCCACCUGCCCUCACACCUGCCCUCAAACCACCUGCCUCACCACCUGCCCUCACCACCUGCCCUCACCACCUGUCCUCAUCAACCAUGCCCUCACCUGCCCUCACCACCUGUCCAUCAACCCACCUGCCCUCACCACUGCCCUCACCACUGUCCUCAUCAACCCCUGCCCUCACCACUCCCUCACCACCUGUCCUCAUCACCCACCUGCCCUCACCACCUGCCCUCACCACCUGCCCUCACCACCUGCCACUGCCCUCACCACCUGCCCUCACACCUCCCUCACACACCACCUGCCCUCCUGCCCUCACCACCUGCCCUCACCACCUGCCCUCACACCUGCCCUCACCACCUGCCUCACCACCUGCCCUCACCACCUGCCACCACCUGCCCUCACCACCUGCCCUCCCUCACACCUGCCCUCACCCUGCCCUCACCACCUGCACCCAUGCCCUCACCACCUGCCCUCACCCAACCCCCCCCCCACCCAUGCCCCUCACCACCUGCCACCCCUCCCACCCCCAUCCCCCUAAGGUGUCUUAUGUACCCCCCCCACCCCUCGGAGCAUGAAAUAUGA